AUGGUGAGACUACACGUGAAGAAACUUUCGGAAAACCAAUUUCUUUUCGAUGCCAGCGUGGAAUCAAUGGUUGAUGACAUUAUUCACGAGAUAACUAUCAUACACAAUGGUCGUUUGAAAGUAUCCAGACUUUGUUAUGACUUGGAUGAUUUAGCCAAUCAUGGAACAAUGUUACCUCCAAAUAUGAUUGGUUUAACCGACGAACAAGUAGAGGAGUUACAUUUAAAAGAUGAAUGGGGCGAUAAAUGCAUACCUUCGAGUGGAUGGACCUUUAAUAAAGAUGUAAUGGGUCGUAGAAAUGGCAGACAGCCUUCGGAAAAUAUGCAACAUGUCAUUAAAAAAGCUAUAGAAGAUGCUCGUGCAAAGAUAUCGAAGAAAUUAAUAAACGAAGAUAAAUUAGUAACUCAAAAAGUUGUUCAAGAAGCUUUAGAUAUUUUACGUGGUGCCGUUAUGAUUGUUUACCCAAUGGGUUUACCACCUCACGAUGUAAUUCGUCUGGAAUUUGAAAAUAACGAAGAUCUUAGCGGCACUCAUGCAUCUCUCGAGGUGAUUGAUUUGCAAAUGGCUCAAUUGUGGUUCUCUGGAAAAGAGUUAUUGCGCGGCAACAAGCUGCGAGAUUUCGUUGGCAAAAACGAGAAGUCGAAGAUAAUUGUAAAGUUAUCGAAGAGAGGCUCGGGGGCGCCUCCACGCGAGCCCGUCAUUUCCGACGACGAACGCAAGCAGCUCAUGUUGCUCGCCCACAGGCGCCAGGAGGAGCUGAAGAGAAAACGGCAAGGACAACAGCUGUUGUCAAAAGUUUUAUCUUAUCCAAAAUCUAUUAUUAGAGUUGAUCUCCUCUUUGGUAAUUCUAGGAUCAUGUUUGUAUUAGCAGAUAGAGUUCUUCAAAUAAAUUAA